AUGAGGGAAAUUGUGACAGUCCAAGUUGGAGGCUAUGCAAAUUUCAUUGGCUCUCACUUUUGGAAUUUCCAGGAUGAAUUGCUUGGGUUGGCUGACAAUCCUGAGAGUGAUGAAAUAUUUAAAUAUCACAAUCUCGACAUGAAUGUCCUCUACCGCAGUGGUGAAACUCAUAUGGGUAUGCCUACAUACACUCCUCGCUUGGUUUCUGUUGAUUUUCAAGGAUCCCUAGGGUCUGUGAGCUCACGAGGAACUUUAUACAAUGAAGCCGCAGCCCCACCAGGUGGUGUUUCAACAUGGAUUGGUGGUGUCACAACUCGUGCAUCUGAACCUUUGAAGAAGAACUUGUUCUUAGAAAGUUUGUACUUGGAAGACGAAGACGUGGGUAUUACUAGUAUUGAUAGUGGGAAGAAUAGUUGUAGGAGUGAAAUUCAAGAUAAAGACAUUGUUGAAUGUCUAGAAAAUGGAGUUCAAUAUUGGACAGACUUCUCAAAAGUUCAUUAUCACCCACGGAGUUCAUAUGAAUUAAGUGGAUUGUGGAUGGACAUUGAGGAUUUUGACAAUUAUGGAGUUGGAAGAGAUGCAUUUUCUGGGGGUCUACGUGGAGAAGAAAUAUGCGAGAGGCUUCGUUUUUUUAUUGAAGAAUGUGAUCAUAUUCAGGGGAUCCAAUUUGUUGUCGAUGAUGCUGGAGGAUUUUCUGGUGUAGCUGGGGAGUUUUUGGAGAAUAUUGCAGAUGAGUAUGCAAAUAUUCCAGUGCUACUAUACAGUGUCCAUAGUCCCGUUACUUCCAUAGAUCCAAAAAGCAGGAAGCAGACAAUCUCCCGCAAACUUCAUGAUGCAGUUUCAUUUUCAAGGCUAUCAGCUUUCUGUAAAUUGGCCGUGCCAGUUGGUUUGCCAUCCUUCAGUAGAAGUAGAGCUUCCUCGUUUCUUUGCAUAAAAGACGAAAAGCCUUACCACACCAGUGCAGUUUAUGCAUCUGCAAUACACUCCAUCAGUCUACCUUUUCGAAUGGAACAACUAGGGCCGAGUGCACAAUCAAGCUACACAUGCGGUGCAAUGGCUGUCAAUGACCUUGUACAGAUGCUAGCAGGCCAAGCUCAGCAGAAUAUGGUUAGCAUUUUGGACGUUUCUAUGCCAGCACCUUCUUUGACUGGGUACCCAGUGCCACAAUCUUUGCUGGAGAAUUUGCAGCCAUUGACCCCAGAGAUAGCGGAAGAUGUUGAAGAUUUUCAAGCAGUGGAAUCCAUGACCGUUCAUGGAGUCUAUAGAGCAGGGUCUCAACGAGCCUCGGUUUCUGAAGUUAAAGAUGCAGUACAAGCUGCUUAUGAUAAAGCAGUAACAAGGCCCAAAUUCUCACAUCUAUCUGUAGCUCGUCCUCCUCUCCCUGUACCCUUGCCAUUUCCUUCUAUAUUUGGGAACCGUGUUGGUCAACAUGGGGAACUUCUGGAUAUGCCAAUUUCAGAUUCUGCAUCAAGAGGUUCACUUGAAGUCCACUCAAUUCCCAUGGCAGCAAGAUUGCGUUCUAGCAAUGCUGUUUUGCCGUUUCUGGAAAAUAGGUUAGAAAAUCUUCGCAAGUUUGGUAUUGCGCGAGGAGCAAUAGGGAUGGAGUUAGUCAGAAAUUGGGGUUUCGGGAUGGAUGAACUUGAAGACAUGGGCGAGACACUGUCUAAAAUGGCUACGACACUGAUGCCUUGUUCUGGAGAGGAGUCGGAUUCUGAUUAA